CAAUGGUCCAGUUCAAGAUCAUUGUUCAUACGCACCUUUGUUAUUCUUUCCCACUUGUAUAUGACGACACUUAAUACGAUACAAUAACAAAACGAGUUCUCCCCUUUGUUCCAAUGCUCCUGCUUGCUGGCGUUGUUGGGAAUGUCCAUCCUCAACGUCGACGGUUGUUCGUGUCUGAGAAACCUUUCAGCCCAUAGAGCCCUUUAUCACACUGCACCUCUUGCACCCGCUGCGUUUUCUCCUCGGCUUCGGGAUUCUGGAUCCAAGCACCUGCAAUGCCUGCCGAACAGCCGAAACUGGGCUCGCUCCCACCAUCACGCUCCGCGCGCUCGCGUUGCUGGCAGGCCCGAGAUGCAUAUUUUACCUGCCUGGACGCCCACAACCUGUACCUGCAAGGCCUGGCACCUCAAACGCACGACGAGAUAAUAGCAAUAGAUCCGCAGCGACUCACUAUCGCGAGUGAGAAGGAUAGGAAUCUCUCAAAGGAUCAAAAGCAGAAACUUUUUGCUUGCAAGGCUGCAAAGGCCGAGUUUGACAAGGAGUGUUUAGCGAGUUGGGUUCAACAUUUCAGUUUGUUGCGUGUGAAAGAUCUCCAGACACAGUAUCUCAAGAAGAAAGUAGAGAAGGAGGAACAGCGGCAAUCAACGUCAAACGAUGAAUUUUGGGAAAAAGUGUCUGCAAAACCAAAUGCAAAGUAGCAUAUUGAUUCGGGAGAAUCCGCUCUAUAAUGGGUAUAUAGGAUAUGUACAUAGACAUUCGCAAAAU